AUGCCUCCAAACCCAGCAGCAGCGGGCUAUAAUUUCACGUCCACCCUGAGAAACGACACCUACCCAGCCAUCGACCCUACCAAAUUGAACCUGGGAGGGAAGUACGUCUUCUUAAGUGGCGCUUCGAAAGGCAUAGGACAUGCGGCCGCCAUCUCUUUCGUCAAGGCUGGCGUGGCAGGGAUCGCCAUCGCAGCACGCUCAGACCUCUCGUCUCUUGAACGAGAAAUGCAUGAAGCCGCCACGGCGGCAGGCAAACCAUCACCCCAGAUCAAACCAAUACGCCUCGACAUCCUCGACGCUCAAAGCAUAGAGCGUGCAGCCCAGGAAACAUCCGACACCUUCGGCAAACUGGACAUCCUGAUCAACAACGCGGGAGCGAUGGAAGAGUUCAAACCCACCCUCGACAGCGAUCCCGAGCAGUGGUGGCAGACCUGGACCGUGAACAUCCGCGGCACGUACUUGCUCACGCGGGCGCUGUUGCCCCUGAUGCUCAAAGGCGGCGACAAGCAAAUCAUCAUGCUCACCAGCAUCGGGGCUUUCAUGCCCGCCCCCGGCGGCUCGGGCUACCAGAUCAGCAAACUCGCGCUCCUGCGCUACGCCGAGUAUCUGAACGUCGAGUACGGCGCUCAGGGUGUGGUGGCGUAUGGGAUCCACCCUGGAGCCAUCCCGACCGAUAUCGGCCUCACGAUGCCGUCGUUCCUCCACCACAAGUUGAUCGACAAGCCGGCGCUCGCGGCGGACACGAUCGUCUUCCUGGUUUCGGAGAGGAGGGAGUGGUUGAGGGGGAGGUAUGUUUCGUGCACGUGGGAUAUGCUGGAGUUGGGCGAGAUGGAGGAGGAGAUUGUGGGCGGGGAUAAGCUGAAGAUUAGGCUUGCUCUCUGA